AUGAGGACGAACCCUCGGCUCAGUCUCGCGUGCUCGCUGCUGCUGCUGUUAGUGUUUGGUGGGGCCGCGCAGGCCAUCUUCUUCCAGGGACCGAAAAAAGCCAUAUGGAGCCUGCUGGAGUCGUUGGGUGGGCACAAGAAGCCACCUACGCCGGUUCACCACUACCACAUGCACUACUACCCGGUGCCGAUACCGCUGCCCAAGCCCGCGCUGCAUCACGCGCCCAAGAUCGAGAUCGACUUGUCGUCGCUGCACAGUCACGAGCCGCCGCGCUCGUACAACUGGCCGAGUCAUCAGGAGCCGGAAUUCGUGCUGCCACCCGAGACCUCCGUUGCGAGCUGGGCCCCGCCUCUGCACCCGGAAGCUUGGCCUGAUAACUCCUUUCAGCAGAAGUCUUCCUGGACAUGGGACAACAACGAGCUAUUAGAGAAGGAUCCCGGUAUCUCGGAGGCUAAAUCGGGGCUUUUACUGCAGGUGCCGUUGCACCAGCAAAUCGUGCUGUACCAGCCGCCGGCGAAGGACAAGGCUAGCCUGCUGCAGAUACUUUUCAAGAAGAUCCGGCGCAUCAACGACGCGAUAUUCCACCCGGAGGAGGAGGAGUACGGCGACGGGGCGCGCGAGGCCCAGCCGCACAUCCACAACAGCCUGACCUACGCACCGGCGCCCAACUAAACUCUCGGUCUCAUCGCUUUUAGGCAGCCCA